UAAAGUUGUAGGAGUAGCAGAUGUGGAAGUGAUCUAUGGCCAGCAAGUGAAAACAUUGCCCCUAGUGGUAGUGAAGGGUACUGGACCUAGUUUGCUAGGAAGAGCAUGGCUGGAAACACUGAAGCUGAAGUGGGAUGAAAUCAAACAUGUGAGAACAGAGACACAAGGGCUACAGCAAGUACUUUCAAAGCAUGAAGAUGUUUUUAAAGAAGAGCUAGGCAUGUUAAAAGGCAUGAAAGCAACAAUUCGAGUGUCAGCUGAAGCUAGUCCCAAGUUCUACAGACCCCGCUCAGUUCCGUAUGCCAUGAGAGCAAAAGUUGAAGAGGAGCUCGAGAGACUGCAGAGAGAGGGCAUCAUAACACCAGUAAAGUAUGCUGAGUGGGCUGCACCCAUCGUACCUGUCCUGAAGCCGGAUGGCUCUGUCAGGAUCUGCGGCGAUUACAAAUUAACUGUCAACAAUGCCUCAUCUCUAGAGCAAUACCCCAUUCCCCGAGUGGAAGAUUUGUUCAAUACACUAGCAGGAGGGAAACAGUAUUCCAAGUUAGAUUUAAGUCAUGCUUAUCAGCAGAUUGUGAUGGAUGAAGAGUCCAAGAAAUACUUAACAGUUAACACACAUCGUGGCCUGUUCACCUACAAUAGGCUUGCCUUUGGAGUGUCAUCUGCUCCAGCAAUUUUCCAGAGAACCAUGGAAAGCUUGCUACAGGGCUUGCCUAGAGUAGCGGUGUAUUUAGAUGACAUCCUUUUGACUGGGAAAGAUGAAGCUGAGCAUCUAAGCACGCUGGACGAGGUACUGAGGAGAUUGAAGGAAGCCGGAUUGCGACUUCACAGACGCAAGUGUGCAUUCCUAAGGAACGAGGUGGAGUACUUAGGUCACAUUAUCAAUGCGGAAGGCCUGCACCCAGUGCAAAGCAAGGUGAGAGCAAUUGAAGAGGCUCCACAGCCAACCACAGUGACUGAAUUGAAAGCUUACCUUGGUCUACUGAAUUAUUAUAACAAGUUUCUCCCUAACCUAGCCACACGCUUAGCUCCGCUCCACCAGUUACUGAGAAAAGAGUCCCAGUGGACCUGGAACAAAGAGCAGGAGGAUGCUUUUCGAUUGUCAAAGCAGAUGCUGAAAUCAGCCAAAGUCCUGAGUCACUAUUCAGCAGACAGAGAAUUGGUACUCGCAUGCGACGCCUCACCAUACGGAGUAGGUGCCGUAUUGUCCCAUAUCAUGGAAGAUGGCAGUGAGAAACCCCUAGGUUUUAUGUCACGCACGCUGACACCAGCCGAGAAGCGAUACUCGCAACUGGAUAAAGAGGGCUUAGCCAUCAUGUUCGGAAUAAAAAGAUUCCACAAAUACAUCUACGGACGAAUGUUCACAAUCAGCACUGACCACAAACCGCUGAUAUCGCUUUUCCAUGAGAAGAAGCCAGUUCCUCAAAUGUGUUCGCCGAGAGUGCAACGUUGGGCAACCCUGCUACGAGCGUAUGAAUACAAAAUCCUUUACAAACCAGGAAAAGACCAUGGAAACGCAGAUGGACUGAGCAGGUUGCCUCUGCCACACACAGAGGAAGAGGAUGACAACGAACAAGUCCUUAUGCUGGAUGUGAUGGAAGAUCCGCCUAUCACCACAGCUCAGGUGAAACAGUGGACAGCCAAAGACCAGACACUGUCACAAGUGUUACUCUGGUGCCUGAAAGGAUGGCCAAAGGUGGUGGAUACAGAAUUCAGACCCUACAGUAAGAGAAAGCUAGAACUGAGUGUGAAAGAUGGAUGUGUUCUAUGGGGGUCGAGAGUUGUGAUUCCGAAGAAAGGAAGGAAAAUCAUACUGAAACAACUGCAUUCCACACACCCAGGCAUGUCCAGGAUGAAAGGCUUAGCACGCUCAUACGUGUGGUGGCCAGGAAUGGAUUCUGAAGUUGAGGGGGAAGUUCAGUCCUGCCUCACCUGCGGAGAAAACAUGAAGUGUCCUGCAGGGGCGCCGCUUCAUCCUUGGGAGUGGCCUGAAACGCCCUGGAGCAGACUGCAUAUCGAUUAUGCAGGUCCCUUCCUUGGAAAGAUGUUCCUGAUCAUUGUCGAUGCACAUUCCAAAUGGAUUGAUGUAUACCAAACAAACAGUGCAACAAGUCAGGUGACUAUUGAGAAGCUAAGACAGUGCUUUAGUACACAUGGUCUACCCCAGACUUUAGUAUCUGACAACGGAACAUGCUUUACAAGCCAAGAGUUUGAAACAUUCCUGAAACAGAAUGGAAUACAGCACAAAACAUCCGCACCUUUCCACCCUGCCUCCAACGGUCUCGCGGAAAGAGCUGUUCAAACAUUCAAACAGGGAAUCAAGAAAAUUAAAGGAGAUACACUGGAAACAAAAAUAGCCAGAUUUCUGUUCAACUACAGAAUUACACCACAAAGUACAACUGGCUUGUCUCCCGCUGAAAUGCUCAUGCAGAGAAGACUUCGUUCCACACUUGAUCUUCUGCUGCCUGAUGUGAAGUCAAAGAUUCGUAAGAAACAACUCAAACAAAAAGAACAUCAUGACGCACACAGCAAGUGGAGAAGUUUCGCAUCUGGAGAUGAUGUAUACGUGCGUAACUACAGCCAUGGUCCCAAGUGGAUACCAGCAGUAGUCGAUGAGAACACUGGACCUGUAUCCUAUACAGUACAGACAGGAGAUGGACGCGUGAUGAGACGUCACGUCGACCAGAUUCGCAAGCGUCACGCAUCAUCAACUGACAUGUCCAGUCCUGAGGAGAGAGGAGAGCCUGACAGCCUGCAGUUGCCAGCGCCAGCAGUGGAGUUCGUGCCUGCAGACCCGGUCGUUCCAACUUCAGUAGGAGGGGAAGUGACUGAGCAGCCUGCUGAGUCAGCCCAGGUUCCUCCGCCAGCUGAACAUUUGCCAGAGACAGGAGUUCAACAGACACCUGUGCUGCGUAGAUCUGCGCGCACCAGACAGGCUCCUGCUCAUCUGAGAGACUUUACUAGUUAGAAGUGUAAUCCCUCAAGAAAGAGUCAGAAUACGCUCUGGGAUAUACACUGGAAGGCUUGGCAGUCUACCCAACCUUCCUAGUUAGAAAAAAACAAAACAAAAAAAGACAUUGUAAACAAACAUUGCCUUAAGAGUUUUUUGAGUUAAUUGUUUGCAUUUGAACUUUAACCUUUUAAGAGAAGUAAAGUAACAGAGUUUAGUUAUUUUAAGAUAUUCUAAGUUGUUAUUGACAUUGAAUAUGUAAUUUCACUAUUAUAGCCAAAGUAAGGUUAAGG